AUGACUGAAAGAACUAGAAACUCACAUGCUUCAACCCCUGCGAACCCUACUGCAGACACUCAGAAGCAGCCACCCGAACCAUGGAUAACCCCCAUGGAAGAAGUCCCAGAGGACUUACCAACCACUUGCGGGACAUCAUUCUCUGCAUCUGUGACAGAGGAACUCUCUGAACCCACAAAUGAACCAAUCUCAGUGAAGAACAUUCUUGAGCACCUCUCACAGAAUCAAGCUAUUUUUCUACAAGAAAUGCUUACUGCCUGCAAACACUCUCAAACUGAGUCUCUAGACAUGAUCUUCAGAGACACCUGUGAACUGAAAAGAAACUUUCUCAAGCUGCAAUCACUUAAGAUCAUCUAUUGA